AGCGAGUUUGUCUUGGUCCACAGCAUCAUACCUAGGACUUUUCACAGGCACAAACUACAUUUUCUUAUGAAUGGAAAGAGAAAAAAUCAGUUCGGCUUAAAUUGGGACCCAUCCUUCACUGAGAUCAUAGAAGGAAAACAACAAAAGCGAGACAAGGGGGACCGCCAGAAGAGAUGACAAUGACUACAAUUCCAGAAAGUCUUAAUAGCCCUGCCUCAGGAAAAACCGUUUUCAUGGAGUUUGGACCCCCGAGUCAACAAAUGUCGCCUUCCUCCAUGUCUCACGGACACUAUCCCAUGCACUGUUUACAUUCUGCAGGUCAUACCCAGCACGACAGCUACAGUCCAGGCUCAUCGUUCCCCAGAUCUUUGGGUUAUCCAUACGUAAACUCCGUCGGCAGCCAUUCCACCAGCCCAUAUCUCAGCACAGUACAGACCUACCAAAACAGCUCGGCACUCGCACAGACACGGUUAGAGGAUACAGCACCAGAAACGGAGAAAAACACGGUGGUCGAAGGCGGAGAGGUUCGAUUCAACGGGAAAGGGAAAAAGAUUAGAAAACCAAGGACUAUCUAUUCGAGUUUACAACUUCAAGCUUUGAACAGGAGAUUUCAGCAAACUCAAUAUUUGGCGUUACCGGAGAGAGCUGAACUUGCAGCGUCGCUGGGUCUCACUCAGACACAGGUUAAGAUCUGGUUUCAGAAUAAGCGAUCUAAAUUCAAGAAACUGAUGAAGCAAGGCGGUGGCACAAUUGAUACCAACGCUUUAGCCAGUGGCCGUGGACUUUCGAGCGGCUCUCCCUCGGUGGCACCUGUUUGGAGCUCGCCGACCACCGUGAAGACUUCAGUGGGCACAACCGGAUCUUACAUUCCCAGCUACACCUCAUGGUAUCCAACCACACACCAAGAGUCUAUGCAACAGUCACAGCUCAUGUGAACAGAGACCUCAGCCUCGACUCUGCUCAUGGCUCGUGUGUCAGGAUGGUGAAGGGGCUCACAGCCGCUCAGCGCGGCACAGCACUGAUAAUGCACAACACCAACCCCGGAGUUUGCUGCAGCAUGUCGCCAGCUGACACAGCGGCCUCCUCAUACCGGAUGACGGCAAGCAGCGAAGAAGAGGAAGGAGAAGGGGGGAGCUGAGGGACUGAAAAGGCACGCAAUGCGCCCAAGGGCAACAAGUCCGUGAGAAUCAGCGGAAAUCGUCGACAAAUGGAUCCUUUUUUUGGCUGCUGUUUAUCACUUUUGUGUCAGUUUCUAUUUUUAAAAAAAAUCAUAUUUGUGUGAGUUAUUCUGUUGUUGACUGUAGGCUACAUGUUUAUAAGAAAACGCGUGUUUGUUUACGCCAGAUGUCGGGCCCUAGGUGAUGAAGACCUAAAAAUCAAUCUGCAUUCAUCAACAGUUAAAGGUUAAUUAGGCCACAGGGGUGUUUCCUUUAACCAAAUAAUAACAAUUUAUAAAUUCCACCAGAGACCAUCCGGCCAUUAUACAGACAGCACAUUCAACCACAGAGCAUAUUGUGCAAAGCCUCAAAUUGCUACUAUGUUGUUUAUAUGUGUUUGUUAUUUAAGUUAAAUUAUUCAGACUAGUUUUUUCUGUUGAGGUCAGUCUGUGUUCAUUUUGUAAGUGUGUUUGAAAUAACAACACUGUGUUGUUAAUGCUGCACUAAUGCAAGCAAAGCUUUUCUAUGCCGUGCCCCGAUGUUAUGUGAAAAAUGUAAAAGGCCUGACGAUUUGCUGCUUUAGAAAAAAAAAAAAAAAAGAAAAGAAAAAAAAUCUCCUGAGGGUGAGCAGCUCA